GCAUACGGUCUUGUGAUUUAUUUAAUUUCUUCACAAAAUGAUGGUCACAGCACUCCAAAAUUACUGUGCGCUAAAUCUUGUGUCGCAUUAAAGAGCAUCAACCUUCUGCAUUUGGAGUUAUGUGUCGCAUUGCUAUUGCCGCCAAGACUAUUAUAUUGUGCGGACUUCACCAUCGUUUUAGCAUGGAUCAGAUCCCAACCAAGCCAAUGGAUCACUUUCGUCGCCAACCAAGUGGCAGAGAUCCAGAGCUUGACGAUAACUGACGAUUGUCACGUAAGAUCCACUGAUUUUUUGUCGCGGGGCGUGAGCAUUUCUUACCUCAAGGAUAAUGAACUC